CCUGUUUGCUGGGGCAUAAAAUUAUGCACCUAACAAGCAUAAAUUAUCAUACUCGGGUAUAUUUUUGUGCUACGUGGGCCUGAAUAAUUUGAAGACCUGUCACGCGACAUGAGCCGGUCGCUUUUGUCAACAGAUUAUUUCAAUUGUGCGGUCAUGCUAACGUAGGAAACAACUCCUAAAGUGAAACUACUCGAUCAUAAUUUUACUACCUUUAAGAAGCAAUUGGAGUGCUACAGUCCUUUCAAGAAAUGUGCUGAAACAUAACUCUAACACCGUUUGUAUUGGCUUAAGUAAAUUUAUAAAUAGAUCCAAGUCAUCCUGUUUACGUCAAUGGUCACACACCUCGCUCAGUGAUUGGCUAAACCUGGAACGCACGUGAGGAGGUGUGCGUCAUGAAGAAGGCGAAUAACGUAAUUUGUAGUACUUAGAAUCCCCGAAAGGAUGUUGAAAAAACCGAUCAUUAUACUCGAUCGGUCAUUCUUAACGCAUCUAGCGAGCGACAAGAACCUUAACCUCACGCAAUUGUGAAAAAACCAAAAACACUUUGCGGUUCAGCCCACGGUUAUUCCAGAGUUAAAGAUGUUCACCCCGGCACAAGUCGUACCAGGCGCUGAUAACGCGGAGCAAGAUGGGCUUAUGACUGGGUCUCUGGGCCUCGAAGAAGCCCGGAUGUACAAGAGUGAGCCAGAUCUGCGAAUUAAGAGCGAGCCAUCAGCCUUUAGCGAGGUAACCAACUACUGGCUUCAAUGCAGCAUGCAGCUGGGCGACACGCAAUACCAGACACACGCGCGUGAUCCUUUCCUAUGCGCGCGUGAUCCCUUCGCCAGCUUUCAUGAGCAGAUGGAUAACUUGGAGUGGCGGCCGCCGGUACUUCAAGCCAUGGCUCUGUGCAAGCAAGAAUCUGCCUCUGAAGUAGACGAGAUGUUGAUAAGUCAGACGCAGAACGCUUGUCAGCUUGGAGCAAGAAAAGAAACAUCUGAAAGUCAAUGCAAAGUAUUCAUGCCUUCGUACUGGGACCAACAGUUUGUGAACGACUGUGAACCAUGGUACGAUCAUCUAGAGAAUCCUCGCGUUAAACCUUUCGUCGGCGGACCUAGGAACGGCAUCUUCAAGAGCGAAAACGCAAACAGCUUUUUCAAAGAAGAAGAUCCUACGAAAGACGAAACUGACAUGGUGCAGGACCGAGACUCCGAAAGCCCCGCGAGUUUCACGAGCGUGGACAGUCCUCCAGAGUUUCCGUGGAACACACGAACCAUCCCCGGUUCCAGAACGAGUGAUAUAAGCGCAUUUAGUUCAACAGAACAGAAGUUUGUGAUGCACAAAAACCACAAAACAACCUUUAAGUCUGGUCGCCCUCGAUUGUGUCAAUUCUUGCUCGAGCUCCUUAACCACCCAGAUAAAUAUGGCUACAUGAUCGACUGGAUCGACAAAGAGAAAGGCGUGUUCAAGUUCAUCAACUCCAGUGAAGUAGCGCGCUUGUGGGGAAAUCGUCGUAAUAAGCCCUCCAUGAAGUACGAGAACUUUGCUCGCUCCUUGCGCACCUACAUUGCUAAAGGAAUACUUGCAAAGCCUCGCAGCAAACUGGUCUACCAAUUCGCCAGAGUAAAGAGUUGAAGCUCUUUACAACAACCACAAUACUACCAUACUCGACCCCAACCUCCGACACAGAAAGAACACUAGAAUCGCCUUAAAGAUGAGACCAGAAGGAAGAAAAUCCCAGAUGUUGUUGCUUAAGGCACUACAGUGUUCGGAAUGGGUUCGCCACUAGGCGGAAAAGGAAAGACGCCGAAGAACGAGACAUCAAGUCAUAAGGACUCGACCUGAGUUUAUACCACGAGACUGAGUUUAUACCACGAAGAAAAAAGAUAUUUAAUUAGAUAUUACGUACGAUAUCCAAUCGAAUUAGGCGCAGUCGAACCUUCUGAACAACGUAGAAUUUGAAGCAAGAAUAACCUAAAAAGACAGUAUUUUUUAUUAUAACAAAGUUAAAUUGCAAGUUAAAUAAUAAUUAGAGUUUCCCUUUCCUCUGUCCUUUUACUUUACUGCCAAAGUGUUCGAUUUCGAGGCCAUAUGGCGUUCUCUUAUAAUAUAAUUGAUUUUUAGAUGACAAUGCAAAAAGUUAGAUGAUGCUAUUUUGAUCCCUCCCCCGAAAAAAAAAAAAAAGAAUAAAACAAUGACUUUUCUCACUUGGCUACGGUCACCCCUGACUCUAAAAACAUAUAAGAAAAAGGAGAGUAUGCUCUUAAGAAUAACUUCUCCAUACUGUGCUUGCCUUGCAGAGACGUCAAGCGAAUAGUAUUUACUAUGUAAAGAUACAGGCCACAUAACUUUUAUCGUGAUUCUGACUGUGUCAGACGUCGCUGGGUGAUGACAUUUUUAAAAGCAUGAUUUCAAAAAACAAAAACAAAGGCUUUCUUAUCGUUCUUAAAACUUUUCGUACACAAGCGUCAAUUUCUUGAAAGGUGUGUGAUUUUCAAGGUGCAAAAAAUUUUAAUCGUAAUCAUAGUCAAGGAUCGAGCAAUUUGCGCCAAAAGAUAUUGACAAGCAUAGUUUAUAUGACGUUUUAUAGAGUAAUAUUUAAAUUUUAUGAAUUUAAGGCUAAAAUUUAUGAUUUGUAGAAAACCGGGAAACUAUACCCAAUAAAAGAAGUGGUGAAGAAAA